UGUAUGUCAUUGCUGUUCGACAGUUCAGCAAGUUAACAACCAAAGUUAACAUCAGUCGGUGAAUCCCCUUAUUUGGACAUUUGGACCAAAGCGAGUGCUUGUGGUCUUACAAACAUUUAAAUUAUCGUCUUUGGGACAACCUGCUGUUUUUUUGUAAUCUCUGUUUUGCAUCUGCAUGUCCUGCACUUAUAUGCACAGUCUGUAGACAGAUUUUGAUGAAUGAGCAGUGUGAGUGUAUUCUUUACACAGCUGGAAAACUCUGAGAUCCCUAUUCCCAGCUGCUUGCUCUUUUGGGCGGGAUAAGGAAGUAAGUGUGGAUAUCUGUGGAGUGUGAGACCAUAUUACAGAAAGAAUCCUUGAGUUGAGGUAAGUAACAGUUUCUGACUGUUCACUAUGGAGCGAUUUGAUCUGGAGCCGAAACAGAAACGCUACUGUAUUCGAGGGAAGCAUGCUGCACUCAUAUGUUUGGCUGUGGUAGUGACUGGUGUUGCAGUGGGUCUUGGGGUGGGCUUGAGCCAGAAUACCUCCUCUACUAAUGAGCCAACACCAACAACAACAACAACAACAACACCAACACCAACAGAACCCCCAGGACCAGACCCCAGCCGGGGACCCUGCAAACCAUCCAACAAUACCAACGGUGGCUGGACCAAUUUUCGUCUGCCUGACUACAUCACACCAGUCCACUAUGAAUUGCACCUGGAGCCCAACCUAGAAACAGAUGUUUAUACUGGCAUUGUGGCCAUCCAUCUAAAUCUGACUAAGGCCAGCACGCACCUAUGGCUGCACAUUCGAGAGACAUUUGUUUCACUAAUGCCAACUCUGCAGCUUAAGACCCCAACUUCUACCACCAACAUUGAGCUGAAGGGGUGCUUUGAGUACACUAAACAGGAGUAUGUAGUCGUGGAGGCAACAAAGGAGCUAAGAGCCACUGGCACAGAUGAGUAUUACAUCCUCACUCUGCAUUUCCAAGGCUGGCUGAAUGGCUCUCUCGUUGGUUUCUACAAGACAACCUACGUUGAGGGUGGAGAAACCAAAAAAAUUGCGGCCACAGACCAUGAACCCACCGAUGCUCGUAAAUCUUUCCCCUGUUUUGAUGAGCCAAACAAAAAAGCCACAUUCAAAAUUUCCAUUACCCAUGACCAAGAUUAUGAAGCCUUGUCCAACAUGCCAGAGGAGAGAGUAGACACACUUCCUGGCCAGAAGAAAAAAACUACUUUUAAAACAUCAGUUAAGAUGAGCACCUACUUGGUGUGUUUUGCAGUGCACCGGUUCAAUUAUGUGGAACAGAAAUCUAAAAGCAACAUUACACUUAGGAUCUAUGCCCAGCCUUCACAGAUCCACACUGCUGAAUAUGCUGCAAAUGUCACUAAGGUCAUCUUUGACUAUUUUGAAGAAUACUUUGACAUGGAAUACUCCAUUGAAAAGCUUGAUAAGAUAGCAAUCCCAGACUUUGGGACAGGAGCAAUGGAGAACUGGGGCUUGAUCACCUACCGAGAGAGCAACCUUCUGUAUGAUGAAAAGGAGUCUUCCUCUUAUAACAAGCAGCGUGUGGCCAGCGUCAUCGCCCAUGAACUCGUGCACCAGUGGUUUGGCAAUAUUGUCACAAUGGACUGGUGGGAUGACUUGUGGCUAAAUGAAGGAUUUGCCAGCUUUUUUGAGUAUGUGGGAGUGGAGGCAGCUGAACCCAGUUGGGGAAUGCGUGACAUCAUGCUCAUUGAUGAUGUAUUUCCCGUCCUGGUUGAUGAUGCACUCCUUACUUCUCACCCCAUAAUUGUCAACGUGUCCACACCAGCCGAAAUCACGUCUGUGUUUGACGCCAUCUCAUACAGCAAGGGAGCAUCUAUUUUGAGAAUGUUGGAGGGCUGGAUGGGUCGAGACAAAUUUAGGGAUGGUUGUCGGAAAUAUUUGAAAAGCUUCCAAUUUCAGAAUGCCAAGACAUCAGAUUUUUGGAAAGCCCAGACUGAGGUAAGUGGGUUCGAUGUAGCAGGUGUGAUGGAUACAUGGACUAAACAAAUGGGUUACCCAGUGCUGAGCCUAACUAGUACAAACACAGAGGCUAAACUAACCCAGAAGAGGUUCCUCCUGGAUCCUAAUGCAGACCCCACUCAGCCAAGUUCCCCUCUUGGCUACAAGUGGACUAUUCCUGUGCAGUGGAAUUCACACAAAACCAACAAGAAUGGCACUAUGCUGUUUGAUAAAUCAGAAACAGAGGUAAUUAUUGAAAACUUCUCCCCUGCUACUGAUGGACCCAUCAAAGUUAACAACGACCACAUGGGCUUUUACCGUGUCAAUCAUCCAGACGACAUAUGGGCUAUCAUCAACCAGCAGCUGCUAACAGACCACCUGGUCUUCAGUGCAGCAGAUAGAAGCAGUUAUAUUGAUGAUAUAUUCGCUUUAGCAAGGGCAGACAUAAUAAAUUAUAAUAGCACUUUUGAAUUACUCAAUUACUUGGGCAAUGAGACAGAUUAUAUUGUAUGGGAUCGGGUUGCCUCAUCAAUAGCAUAUGUGAGCAAAAUGCUGGCAAGUGACAACGCACUCUAUUCCAAAUUCCAGAAACUUUUUCAACGCCAUGUAGAGAAGAUUUCUCGAGAGCUGGGCUGGGAGGAUGUGGGUGACCAAACAAAACGGCUAUUGAGGGAGACGGUUCUCGACAUUGCCUGCCAAAUGGGUGAUGCAGAGGUUCUCGCUGAGGCUUCUGCCAUUUUCAAAAAGUGGAUCAAUGGAACAGUCAGCAGUGUACCAGUGAAUCUCAGGCUACUUGUGUACCAAUACGGGAUGAAGAACGCAGGAACUGAGGCAAGCUGGGAGGUUAUGUUUGAGCAGUACCUCAGAGCCACACUCGCUCAAGAAAAGGACAAGCUGCUCUAUGGUCUGGCUUCUAUAGAAAAUGUUUCACUCCUCAACAGGUUGCUUGAGGCAUCAAAGAAUGAAUCCAUUGUAAGGAGUCAAGACUUGUUCACCCUGGUGCGAUAUGUGGCCCUAAACAAGUAUGGUGAGAGUAUGGCUUGGGACUGGGUCACUCUGAACUGGGACUACCUAGUGAAGAGAUACACAAUUACGGACAGGAACUUGGGACGUCUGCUUAACGGAAUCAGUACGUCAUACAACACAGAGCUGCAGCUGUGGAAGAUGGAACACUUUUUCGCCUUACACCCAAAUGCCGGUGCAGGAGAAACACCCAGAAAGCAGGCUUUGGAGAGAGUGAAAAGCAAUAUUAAGUGGGUGAAGAGCAACCUUGAGGAGAUCCAGUCCUGGCUGAAUGCCAAUGUGUCUUAAAGAUAUCACACACUUCAUCAAAAAAACUCCCCCAUUCAUCUCAGAAGUUUGAUUUUUAAGUUUUAAUGAUAGUUUUAAAACAAAGUGUAUUACCCUGACCUAAACAAGAAAAAUGGACUGUCAAGUUGUUUUAUAUAUAUUGGCCCACAGAGUAAAACAGUUGUUAACAAUCCUGGAAUACAUUACAAUUUGUUUAAUAAUAAUAAUCUAUAAUUUAUAACCAUGAAGUGCAAAGAAUAACAAAAAAUUACAGUGGGGUCAUACAUUUGAUCACAGCUACAAAAUCUUUUACUUUUGUUUGUGUGAAAAAAAAUUCCUUACUAAUUUAAAUGGUCAUGUCGCCAAAUUAAUUUCUACCUAAAAACUCAGUUUUUCUUUUCAUGUAUUGCAUUGCUUAUAUAGUAGCAAACAAUCUACUUCAAAACUUUUGGUGCUACAACAACGCAAGGAAGUGUCAGCUCCCAUCGCUGAGCAGAAGACAUGAUGGGAUAUGUCACUGUUGUCAUAUUGUAGGUUACGGGUUAAGAGGCGAUUGUGAGAUCGUCAUGGGAACUUGGUUGUUGAUGGUGACAUGUCGUCGAGUCUGGCAUCUCAGCAUCCCCACGAUGGCUCUUCUGAACCUUAAGCGAACCAAUCGAAACCAAAUUAUUAUGUAAAUGGUGGCAUGACCUGGUCAUAAUCAUUUUCUUAGCAAGAAUUCAUUUUCCAAACCAUCUGAGCAAAAUGGAUUGACUUUACUUCCUGUUGGCGAUGACAUAGAUGCAGGGGUUGUAGAAAGUAGAAGACUUUGCAAAGAGUGGAGCGAUGAUGGCCAUUGGUGCAGGGAUCUUUCUAGGAUCAGCAAAUGAUGCCCAAAGACACACAAUAGAGUAUGGAGACCAGGCCACCAAGAACAUCACAAUCAUCACAAUAGACAUCUGUAAAGCACAGUUAAAUGUUAAGAUAACAUCAACAACAGAAUGAACACACAACAAUUGCAUUGUACUACAAAAAAAAAAUGCUUGCCUUAGUGACAUCUAUCUGGUCUGACCAAUCGAUGUUAAUGCUGUCUAGGCAGUUGCUUGCCUUGUACCUCUUCAUGGUGACCGAAACAUUGUAAUAGCAAUAGAACAUUACAGCCAAUGGAAUGAUAAAGUUGACAGAAAUCACAGCCAUUGUGUAGGAGAUAAAGGACCUAAGGUAACAAAGGGGUAAAAUAUUAUUAUUAAAUUAGACAAAGAAUUGCUGAGGUGAGUUGUAUACAAAGGCAACCCACGCAUCAUUGUUCCUCCAGUUGAUAGUGCACGUGGCUCCAGUUGGAUCAGGAGCGUACCCAGCCCAACCCACAAUUGGCAUGGCAGACCAGAACACUGCAUUGAGCCAUGCAGCCAUAAUCAACAGUAUAUAUGAGUGUGUUGUCAUCUUCUGUCCUACAAGCACAACAGCACACAAAAAAUCAGAUUAGUGUUUAAAAAAAGCGACAUCAACCAUUUGUAAAAUUGAAGUUGUAAAAAAUAUGCUCAGACCUAUAUCAGGUUUGCAGAUGCUUAUAUAUCUAUCAAUGGCUACCACAGUAAGCAGUCCAAUGCUGGCCAUCCCAAAGAAUAUGUUCAGGGCAGCAUAUAUCUACAAGAGAAAUUUCAAUAUAUUAUAUAAGCAACACUCAUAAGUGGAUACACAAAACAAAAUUCAGUAAACAUAUAGAGAAAAAUGGUACACUCUAAUAGCUCCUAUAAGGAUAAUGUAUGAUCCUUAGGGUUGUAACAAUAUACUUCAAUCACAAUACACAUUUGAUUCUAAAUUGUACAAACAUUAAAAAAAAAUGUGCAUUUCUGUCUAAAAUAAAUCAAACUCAAUCACAAA